AGGUGGGGGGCGGGCGCGCUCAGGGAAGGCGGGUGCGCGCCUGCAGGGCGGAGAUGGGCAGGGGGCGGCGCGUGGGUCCCAGUCUGCAGUUAGGGGGGCAGGAGCGGCGCUGCUCACCUCUGGUGCCAAAGGGCGGCGCAGCGGCUGCCGAGCUCGGCAGUGGAGGCGGCGAGAACAUGGUGCGCAGGUUCUUGGUGACCCUCCGGAUUCGGCGCGCGUGCGGCCCGCCGCGAGUGAGGGUUUUCGUGGUUCACAUCCCGCGGCUCGCGGGGGAGUGGGCAGCGCCAGGGGCGCCCGCCGCUGUGGCCCUCGUGCUGAUGCUACUGAGGAGCCAGCGUCUAGGGCAGCAGCCGCAUCCUAGAAGACCAGGUAGGAAAGGCCCUCGCAAAGUCCGGGGCGCAUUCGACACUUGUUUUGUUUGGUGUGAUUUCGUAAACAGAUAAUUCGUCUCUAGCCUAGGCUAGGAGGAGGAGAUAACCGGCGGUGGAGGCUUCUCCAUUCGGGUUACAACGACUUAGACAUGUGGUUCUCGCAGUACCACUGAACCUGGACCUCCCUUCACACAGCACCCUCAAUCGUGUGAAACUGAGGCGAACAGAGCUUCUAAACCCACCUCAGAAGUCAGUGACUCCCGAAUAUCCUGGGUAGGAAUGACUAAGACACACACACACACACACACACACACACACACACACACACACACACAGUAGGAAAGGUGUAUUUCAAGCACACUUUCUUUCUCCUUGGGGGGAAUUAUUGCUAACCAUCGAAGUUUUCUGGAGGCGGCCUUUUUUCUCCCCAACCUGCCGGCGGGGUCACCUUCUCCCACCUUCCAGGAGAGUGGAGGACCCGAGAGAGAAGGACCACGCAGGCAGUGACUUCCUGAAAUGCUAACAAGGAUCGUAGGAUCAGUUACUGCUGCGAGGAGCCAGCACUUGCUUCUGGGGGGAGUUUUGCAGCCAACAGGAAAAUGGGCUUUCUUUGUGAGUUAGAGGUAGAGGUCCGGCGGCCUGAGUGAUUGAAACUGCUCGGGACUUUGCUCGUAUGUUUAGCAAACGACAGAAAUGCAGAACUGUUCCUGAAAAAUCCCAACUGAUAAUAUUUUAGUCAUCUCAGACUACAGUUAGCACAGUUUAAAAAUGAGGCCUACUUCUUGAAAAACAGAAUCGGAGGUAGUUUUGUCCUCACAUUGACAAAUGUUGACACAGCCGGUGUAAUUUCCUAUAACCAGGAAAACUGAAAGAAUAUAUAUACAGUUAAAAUGUGCACAAUGCUAAUUAAAACUUGUAUAAUAAGUCUAAAAGUAAUUUAAUGAGGCUUCGCCAGGAAUAUAUAGCUUCAAAAAGCAAAGGCCAGCGGAGGGGUAAUUAUUUUUUUACUGCAAUGUUAAUUGUCUCUUUGACAUGGAAAUAUAAAUCUGUUAAAACUAUCAGUGUUUAAUUUAGUGUCUCACUUUCUAUUAGCAAAAAUUUAUAAUCUAUAGGAUAAAAGCAUAUUUUACUUUUCAUAUUAUGAAAGUUAAUUUUUUUUUAAUUUAGUCAAAGGAGCUUAUAAAGGAUUUCAGGGCCUGUUGCUGGAUUUGAUUUUAAUUCAUUUUGAAACAUUGAAAGACCCUGGUGGUUGUUUUUUUAACAGUGGUUUAGCCGUAUCAGCAAAAAUUUAGCCACUGU